AUGCCUUCGCCACCUCCACUCGGUCCUCCACUCGGAAAACAAGGGCCCAGCCGCUCGGAGCGAGCGUCACGGUCAUCCUCCCGUCGUGCUAGUCCCGUCAACUCGCGAGCGCCGUCACCGAGCACUCACAGCGCCCAGCCCGUUGCUUCUACAUCUGCUCUGUCGGGUGCUACAUCGUCCGCGUCCCAACGCACACCAGGUCGCCAGCUCCGAUUCAACCCUAUUGUCUCGAGCGCGGCCCACAGAGCCGCUGGUGCCUCAUCGUCUUCGGCGAUGGCAUCCACCUCGGCGCAGAUGAGACAGGCCUCACGCGUGAUCGCUGCUAGUCAGGAAUUUAUCGACCUGACGGAUGAUUCGCCCCCCGUCGUCGGCGGCUCGAGUUCGCGACGAUCAGUGCCACACCGGCCGGCCCGACAUCCACGUUUGGCGUUACCGGGAGGCUACGGCCAUCGUUCAAGACCGACCGCGGCGCAAGAUGCUAACAACCCGACAGCAUCAACAUCAGGCUCGAGCUCAGGUUCAUUGCUCUCGAUUUCCACGAGGGCGAGGAGGGGGACCAGAGCCGGCGUCGGACAGCCCUCGAUGACGAUCGAGCUGAGCUCGGGCUCGAGCUCGGAGAACGAUGACGACUUUGGGGACGACGACAUUCAGGUCAUUGAACCCGUCGGCGGGCCAUCCAGCUCGACCCGAAGAAUCACCCGAGCGAAUGGUGAGCACUUUCUCGCGUGGUCGCAGCUCUCGAGCCAACAGCCCCUGACUCUCGCACCUUUUUCUUUUUCCAACUUCACAGCUCAAGCGCAGAAUGGAGAAAGUAACGCAGAACGGAGAUACGAGAACGGCUACGUUCGACCACCUCCACGCAACCUCAAUGGCUCGAUUGGCAACAACGACAACGAUACCAGUGGAGACGCGGCGAUGGCCCGAGCAUUGGCCGCUGCUGAAGAUCAAGGUGAACUUGUCCGACCUGCACCCCUUUUGGUGUACGACUGUGCGCGAUCGCUGACUUGGGAUCCCUCUUCUCGUUACAACACACUAGCUGCAAGACGCCAGGCUAAUAAUGCGGGUGAAGGGAACAUGUUCCUCAAUUUCCUGCAGGGCAACGGCGGGGCGGCUCGAAACGGAGGCGGAGGAGGUGGUGGGGGCGGUGGCGGUGGCAUUCUUCCAUUCGGAGGAGGGGAGAGGUUUCCGCAUCCUUCUGCGCACAUUUUUGCUCUCUACCCUGGACUUCCGGCGAACUUUGGCUACAUCGACUAUGGCUUUGGCGAUGGCUUCAACAUCGGAGGGCUCGCGCGCGGCCUCGCUGGGGUCAUACCCGUCAACAGGGCAGGGUGGGGAGGCCAGGAUCGAGUUCGAGCGGGUAAAAAGUACGCCAUCAAGAUGAGUCAUCCCAGAAAGGUCGAAUCCGGCUUUUCGAGGGACAUUGUCGAACCGAUCGACCCCAACGCGCCACCUGCACCGACGACGUCCAAGAGGGGAGGAGCGAAAGGAGGUCGAGGCAAAGCCAAGGACGUGCAAGUCGUCGAGAUGGAACCCGUGUGCGCGUCGUGUCUCGAUCCCUUCUUGUUGGCACAAAGUGGCAAUGGUCGACCGUGGGCUUUGAGGUGUGGCCACUGCGUCUGUGGCAAGUGCGUCAAUGAGGCUCGUUCAAGAGCCAAGCUGGCCCGGAUGGGACACUGGACCGAGGUCGACCUCCGCGCCGAGUCGACCAAGGGCUCAGAGGGUGAUCUCAUCCAUGAUGGCGGAAACGUUGACGAGGAUGACCUCGAAUACAUCGACUUUGGGUCAUCGACGACCAACGCGAACGGUGGGACGAAGCGCAAGGCCCCUCCGACUACGACGACAACAGCGGCCGCGUCGGCGGCGACGAGUGCCAUCAAGAAACGCAAGGGCAAGCAAAAAAGUAUGAGCGAGCAGACCCGGAUCGUAGACGACUGGACGAGCUGUCCCGUUGUAGGGUGUGUGGACGACCACACGAAUGUGUUGGCUCCCGAGGGCGAUCUUACAGGGCCAUUCGAAUUGUUCGUUUAA